GUCAUGGUUAUUAUUAAAAGAGAUGAUCAUAUCUCCUACAUAAAUUCAACAGGAGUUAUUAAGAUGCCAAUAACUCCAGCAAAUGACAACAUUUCUUCACAGCCGCCUGGCAAUGGUGGCACAACAAUUCCGCCCAUUAACAACAUUUCUCAACAAAUGAAUCAAACAGCAGCAAUUUCCACAAUAAAGCGAGAUUCAUCACUGCAGCAACUUCAACAACUUCAGCAGUAUACACAACAACAGAGUCAAGAACUGUCAAGUCUAAGUCCGACAUUAGUGAAAGCACAACUCAUAUGUCGUCCCAACUCACAUCCAUUUCCGAGUCGAACUCUCCUUCUUGAACCGAAGAAACCAAUGAAAAUUGGCCGAGCAAUUGCACGCACAAAAGCCAGCGAUAAUAAUGCCAUUUUUGACUGUAAAGUUUUAUCACGUAAUCAUGCUGAACUUUGGUAUGAUGAUGGAAAAUUCUUUCUAAAGGAUACCGGAAGCAGCAACGGAACUUUUAUUAACAACACACGUCUAAGUCAAACGUGUCAAACAUCGGAGCCAUUUGAGGUGAGCAGCGGUGACAUCGUUCAAUUUGGAGUCGAUGUAAUGGAGAAUUCAAGAAAAGAAACUCAUGGAUGCAUUGUUGCGACAUUAAAGCUCUUCCUGCCUGAUGGUCGAGAAACAAAAGCAAGUCAAUCAACACUUGCUGGUGCUUCGAAUACAAAAAUUCCUCAAGUUGAUCUUUAUCGUUUGAAUCAAUAUAUACAAGAAGCGAUUCAACGUGAACAAAGUCUUGAGAGUAAACUGUUAAACAUUCAAAAGAAAAUUGAUUUAGUGAGAUCUGCAUCAUCAGCAAGUUGGCAAGCUUUAGUUGAUGAAGAUCGUUUGUUAAGUCGAAUUGAUAUGCUUGAAAAGAAGUUGCUUUGCUUUAGCAAAACCUUAACCGAAGAUAAGCUACGAGAAGAAAUCAUGAAGUUACAGAAUGAGAAAAUGCUUUAUCAAACUAGCGCUAAACAGGCUUUGAAAAAAGUUUACAAUGAACGAAUGGAAGCAAUUCAGAAGUUGAGUACUCUUGAGAAUGCUUUAUGCAGCACUGAAGAUGAAUGUUCUUUGUUGAGAGAUCAAUUGGAUAAGACUCAAACACAUUCACAAGAAGCGACACAACGUUUGGAUGCAAUACAAACUCAGAUGGAUGUCAAAGUUAAUGAUUAUGAAGAGAAAAUGUACAAGAAAGAAACAGAACUGAAGAGUUUGAAUUCAGAACUGAAUGAUUUACAAGAUAAGCUCGGAAGUUUUAAGCUUCAAAAUGAAAUUGGUGACUAUGAAAAUUCACAACUUGUCACAAAUUGGCUUCUCAAAUCUGACAUCAAAAACAUUGACGGUUCCGAUGAUAUCAUCAAAGCGAUUUGUGCUGAUGACGUGACGAUUAAGGACGAAGAGUCAAUUCUCCUGGCACCAACAAUCACCUCGUCACAAGAAACAUUACAGCAACAACAGCCAUGCGAUGACAAUCAGAAUAACAUGAACAAUCGAAUGAUUUCGAAUGUGAAUGUAGCUGAUGUAACAAGCGAGAAAAUUCGAGUGAAUCUGAAGCAAUUAUUGGCGCUCUAUGCGAAGCUUAAGCGUCAAUUAGUGGAAUUUAUGGAAGCAAAAGCUAACGAGCAGAGCUCGUAUAAAGCCAAAUGUGAUGAAAUGUCAUCUGAGUUAAUGGCAUUGAAACUCGAACUCGAGUCACGUCCAACAUUGGAAGACUUUGAUGGAAAAAAUCAGCAGUGCAAUGACCUUCGCUUAGAAUUGUCAAAUCUUACAGAACAAAUGUCUUUGAAUGAGAAAUUACUUGAGCAACAUCAGAAAGAAUUAAUUGAAGCACGGAAGAAUCGAUUUGAUGAAAUGAAACAUUUAGAGGAGCGUGAAAUGCAAACGGAAGCUGUCAGUGAAAGUACAAAAGAAUUGUCAGAAGUGGUAGCUCAAGAUGAAUGCAACACCAGCAGUAGCAGCUCAGUAUUAUCACAAGAAUCUCUUUCAUCUGUCAGGAUUGCUAAUUCACAAACAAAGUCUUCAAUUAAAAUACCCCAAUCAAUAGAAGUUCCCGAUGGUGUUCAACAGAAUGUCAAUAAUGAUGAUAAUGAUGAUGAUGACGACGAUGACACGCUUAAUAAUCAUCCGAAAGUAUUAUAUGAAGAUGAAUUAAUCGUGUUUAAAGAAAAAUGUACAAAUCUAACCGCGGAAAACGUUCGAUUACUUCUUGAAGUCAGAGAAUUACGAACCAACAUCAGUCACUUCCAUAACAGUUGGCUGCACAAUUUCGUGCUCAAAUAUAUUGUUCCCGUGAUGAUUGUAUUUGUUGCCUAUAUCUUUUAUCUGCUAAAAUAGCUACAACUGGAGCUUUAAACUUAUCAAAAUGUCGCGUAAAUGCAUUUCUUAUAUUUCUUUCUGUUUUAAUUUUCAUUUCUCAAAACGCUUCAUGUUACAAGCGUGAAAUGUUAUACUCAUCAGCGGCAUUAUUCAUCAUCGUCAUGAUUUAUUCAAUAUUCUUUGUGUUAAUCUAUGAAUUAGUUUUCUUUAUUAUUAUAAUAGUUAUUAUUACAUUUAUUAUUCUUUGCUGGAGACUUUCUUUUCUAAUCGAAAAGUUUCAGUAAAGAUGAAUAGAAAUUUUUUGGUUCUUAGUACGAAAUAAAAAAAUUAAAGAAAAGAAAUGUUACUUCAUAUCAUUAAAUGUUCUUUUGGUCAUCAAGGAAAAAAUAAGACUUAAGAUUUUUAUUUUAACCAAAUGUUUGACUUCUUUUUAUAGUUGACUGUUUAGUUUCUCCUUUCAUUUUAAGAUUACUAACGGUUUUUAAUUUUUAAUUUAAGUUCAAACUUUGGUUCAAAAAAGGAAAGAUCAUGAAAGCUCAGGAGCUUUGGUUCAAAAAGGAAAGAUCGCGUAAGCUUCUAAGAAAAAGCCCAAUUUGAUCCCAAAAUCUUGAAAUGUUAGAAUCCUUUGUAUCUGUUUUUAAUCCCUUUACAAUAUUUUAUUUUAUCAUAAUUCUUAGCAUAAAUUCACUUACACGUAACACUAACUUUAGACAUUUCUAAAUACCUUGAACCAAACAAAAUACUUUAAAAUGCAACUAAGGCGAUAAUGAAUUUCGAUAAAAAGUG